AUGUCUCAGCUAUCAGCUACAUACAAGACUUCCAACGUCUCCGAGACAACUCUCGUUGACACUUCCAAGCCUUCAACAAAUACAAAGCCUGGUCUUGAAACAACCCAUAAGCUAUCCCUCAAGGAAAAGAUCCAGAGGAAGCUUUCUGGCUCCGUCGAUCCUACAAAGAAGCCGGCUGACCCUUACAAGUCAUGGGAAGCUCGAUCAGUAGCGCUGCUAUAA